AUGUUAAGAUGGCCUCCUCGAAAGAAACUGCUGCCUGCGCUAUCGUUUCUAGCGGUUGGAUUUAUUUUUAUAUUAGAUCAUUAUCGUCAGGAUGGAAGCGGAAAGCGAAGCACUCAAACGUCAUCCACUAACAAUCAGAAGGGUUGUCAUCUUCCUCAUCCAGAUCCAUACGAUCCCAGCAUCCGUCAAUAUAUCUCAAAAUCACCUCCACUAAAAUGUGAAGGGCUACAAUGGGAGUUGACGUAUCUUUCUGAUGAUGAACGGUUGCACUUGAACAAAACAGCCGCCGCGGAGAUGAACGUGAAGUUGACUUGCUUCUAUCGUUGCUACGACCGAGCAGAAGGAGACGAUGCCAAAUUAAAAUUUGGAGAAUGGAUUGAAUUUUCAGAGGCAGUGCAGAUCGGAUGCGAAUUCGUGGAGACUUACUGCAAGAAGAACACUUUCCCAGGGACUACCGUAUACUAUAACAAUCACAAUCAGAUCAUCACGAGGCAGAAAAAUCCAACAAUGAAGGGGUCGAGGAGUAGAAAAAACGUCAUCCUGAUCGUGUUUGAUUCCGUUUCGCAUUCGAAUUUUGUCAGGAAUAUGCCAAAAAGUUUGGAGGUAUUGAAAUCGUUGUACAAUUCGAGUAUAUUCAAAGGAAUGAAUAAAAUCGGUGACCAAUCGUUCCCAAACGCUGUGGCUUUCCUUUCCGGAAAAAAUCAUCAAACCGAGUUUGGAGACGUAGAUGGUUACUUUGACGAUCACCCUCUUAUUUGGAAAAAUUUCGAGAAAGCGGGCUACACAACCUACUAUGCAGAGGAUUAUCCUGAAUUUAACCUGUUUUUCUAUCUGGCGAAAGGAUUUCGGAAGAAACCAGUGCAUCAUUAUUUUAGACCUUUUUGGUUGAAUGUCUAUGGAAGUUUUCUUCAUAGAAGAAGCAAAUUUCUUUGCUAUGGAAAUCAAGCGAUGCAUAAUAUUGAAUUGAAUUAUUUAUCACAAUUUUUACGAAAAAAUAAAGAUUCGCCAAAAUUUGCACUCAAUUGGCUCACCGAACUCGGUCACGACUAUUUGAAUACGAUUAACGUUGCUGAUGAUGAUUUCUCCAAAUUUUUAAGGGACCACUACGAUGACCUUAAGGAAUCGUUCCUGUUCGUGCUCUCCGAUCACGGACACAGAUUUGAUUCGAUUCGUCAAACUCCUAUUGGAAGAAUUGAGGAUCGCCUCCCGUUCUUCUCAAUGCAUAUUCCAAACAGUUUUCAGCAUAAAUUCCCAGCUCUUAUGGACACAAUCGGGCAAAACACAAAGGUACUCACAUCUUUCUGGGAUUUUUACGUAACAAUGCGCGAUAUUCUCCAUCUGGAUGAGUCCGAUAAAUGGGAGCAGUUGAGCGCUCAGCUGACAAAUGACAUAUGGAAUCACAAUUAUUCGACUAGAGGACAAAGUCUCUUGAGGCCAAUAAAAGUCACACGGCUUGGCAAAGAUCUCGUCUCACAGCUGAAUCGUCUACUAAACGCAUAUAAAAUGUGUGCACGAUUAAAACUCUCUCGAGUUCGACAUGCAACGGAGGUCGUGGACGAGUUAUCCGCGUCCGGGACGAGAUAUCGCGUGACGGUCGAAGCGACACCAUCGAUGGGAGUAUUUGAAGCGCUUAUGAUAUAUAACAAAUCGACGAAUAUCUCCACGGUGCUGGGGAAUAUUAACCGUGUUAACUCGUACGGGAAUCAAUCAAUAUGUGUACGGGUACAAGAGCUGCGGAAGUACUGCUAUUGUGCUGCUAUCAUGGAAUAG